AUGUUCAAGUCUACUGUCCCAGCACUGUUCAUGGCCUCGUGCCUCCCAGCCACCCUUGCAGCCACCUGCUCUGCUGUCGGCUAUCUGACCAGCAACUCCGUGGUUGGCCUGGGCCCCCAGGGUGGCAUGAGCGGCGUCUUCCUGUAUAACGGUGACGGUGAUAAAAUCGGCGAAUUGACCGGUGACGCGGGUGCCUGCACCGACAUUGCGGACAUCUCAGGCGACGGGCUCGACGACACAUUUGGGUGGGCUGCGACCUGCAACAUCAACUCCUUCAGGGAAUGCCACGGCUCUUACGCCGACGCAGGCCAUAUUGACGGCCUGCCGCCUACCGGUGCCGACUCUGAUUUCUAUGGUAUUGGGAUUGCUACCGAUGCUCAGUGCAAGAUUGAGUUUGAGUGCUAG